CAUAGCUAAUACCAUAUUAGUUUAAUAUAAGGGCAGAAUUAAUUUCUUCAAAAGAAGCAAAUAAAAUCCAAUAAAAAAAGCCAUCACUUUCUAACAUAAAUUUAAUACUCGGGUAAUACACACGAAAGCAUAAUGCCCAUCAUAUUUUCAAACCUUUCUACUUCGCCGAGCGGUAGAGAGAGCCAAAUGAGACCUUCUUCCCCUUCCUUUGCUGAACUACUUCUUUUCAGAAUUUUUUUUUUUCCCCUUCUCUCUCUAACCCACAAAGUGGAAGUGAAAAAAGAAAAAAGCAAUGUAUUACCCAGCUUUCCUUUUCAUCUAAAAAGAACCAUUAUGAACUUUAAAACAAAAAAAUUAGAGGAAAAAAAAGAAAAAAAAGGAGAGAAAAAACUCAAAAUUUUGCCUCAAAUUUCCAAGAAAAAGGGCCCAAAAACAAUAGUCACUCAAAACCAAAUCCCAUUUUUUAUUACCUAAAUUACUCUAACCCACUUCUCAAUCUACGUACUCUGUUUUAUUUUGGUAUUCAGCUCCCUAAAUCUAUGAGGUAGGUCACCUGAAUCUCCACUUUCACUAAUUUUUUUUUUUCUAUUUUACCUAAUAAAGAUUCAAUCUUUUAACCCAAAUUUUCUUCAAAUUAUUGCUGUUAAUUUCAACAUUCUUGGCACAAUUUUUCUGGGUUUUUAAUUUCAUUUUCUGGGUCAAUUUCUGUACAUUUUUUAGCAAUUAAAUGGUUGAAUUUGAAAAACCCAAUUGCUAAAAAUAAUGUCUAAAAAUAGUAACAUUUCAAUUCCACCAGCUCCUUCAACCCCUCUUCCUUCAUUUCCAUCUCCUCCAAUUUCUUCUAAUUACAGUACAAUUAGCCCAGUUCUCCUUCUAAUUAUAGUAAUUUUAGCAAUAAUCUUCUUUAUUGCUGGAAUUCUUCAAUUUUUAGUUAGAUAUCUUAUGAAAAGACCCUCAUUUUACCCCUCAAAUUCACUUUCUAAUUCUAGAAACCCUGAAAGUACAAAUUCCGGCGCAAUUCAAAGGCAACUUCAGCAGCUUUUUCGGCUUCAUGAUUCUGGGUUAGACCAACCUCUUAUUGACGCUUUACCUGUAUUUUUUUACAAAGAUAUCGUCGGUUCGAAAGAACCCUUUGAUUGUGCUGUUUGUUUAUGUGAAUUUUGUGACCAAGAUAAGUUAAGGUUGUUACCAUUAUGUAGUCAUGCCUUUCACAUUAGUUGUAUAGAUACUUGGCUUUUGUCAAAUUCCACUUGCCCUCUUUGUAGGGGUAGUUUAUUGGGGUCUGAAUUGGAGAAUCAGGAGUUUAGCUUGGAGUUUUGGAGGGCAAUGUCAUUUGGAAGAUCAAUCGAUUGCGAAACGAGCUUUCGUAUUGGGAAUUCGUUUAAUACUAGUCAUGGUUAUAAGCCUACUAUCAUGGAAGAGAAUUCGAAUGAAAGGAGAGUGUUCUCUGUAAGGCUAGGGAAGUUUAAGAGUUCGAAUGAUCGAGGUGGGAGUACUAGGGAGUUUGAAAAUGGUGAGACGAGUAGUGCCAAAGGCGGUAAUGGUGACCGCGAUCACAAUAAUUGUAAUGGUAAUGUUAGUGUUAGUAGUCAGAUUGAUGCAAGGAGAUGUUUCUCAUUAGGGUCAUAUCAGUAUGUGCUUGCUGAUUCGGAGUUGCAAGUAGCAUUAUCGACUGAUGUCGGUGCUAGUAGUCGUGUUACAAAGAGCGAAAAAUUGAUGGGCCAAUGUGGGAAUAAUCAUAUGGUAGAUGGAGAUAUUGAAGGGAAGAAGAUUACUAAGAGGAGCAAAGGGGAGAGUUUCUCUGUAUCAAAGAUAUGGCUUUGGUCUAAGAAGGGCAAAUUUCAAGGUCAUUCAGAAGAUUCUAAUGUUAAUGGUGGUCCAACACCUUUCAAUGUUGUCUUACCAUUGUCUACUAGAGAUCAUGUUCUUCAUUAAUUUGUUCAAUUACUGUAUUUCUUUUUGUAUAAUUCUUUUUGGCCAUCUUCAUUAAUUGAGUAAACUAUACUUUACCAUAAUCUUUUUUGAUCUUAUACUUUUGUUGCUUUCUCCUUGUUA